GUUCUCCCCAGUGUGCAACGCAGUCAGCAGCACAGGAGGGUGCCCAGUGGACCUCCAAUGACUUGGUAUUCAGUAGGAAGUCACUGUUUGGGAGUCAGCCUGUGAACUAGGUCCUUCCUUAGCAUGAUUGUGACAUAGGUGACCAGGGGAACAAGUACAAGCCUGUGCCCCCGUGACCAGCCUUCUUGUUCAUUCAUUUUUUAAAACUUGUGGUUUCAAACACUGGUCAGGGAGGUUUGGUUUAUUCCAGGCUGUGUCCUUACCCUGGGGCCUUCACACAGGCCAAAUGUCAGCCCUUCCCCAUGUACCCAGCCGGCUCCUCAGCAGCGUCUCUUGAGCUCUACCCACAUCUUCGAGAAAGUCUUCCUGAGUAAUUGCAUUAAGUUCCCCCUUCUGUUCUCUUAACAGUUCUCUGUUCUUGUCAAAAUUUUACCAAGUCAUACUCUGAAUUCCCCCUGGGCAGGUCAGUCAGUCGUAUGAAGCAACAGGGACUGGUGAGGACUGAGGGGAGAACACCAGCAGGGUCAGUUCCUGCCCUGCCAGAGCAGAGCGGGCCCAUGAGAACAAGGCCCUGUGAGGCCAGAGCAUCCAUAUUCAAAGGAAGCCCGAAACUUGGGGUUUUUAAGUGAAGCUGCUUCUACCACUUAAAUGCUGGCCAAUCUUUAUUUCUGGAACAAUGGCCACAGAUGAAAUGCAUCGGGGGCCCCUUGUGCGGCCUGUGGACAAACAUCUUUCCCGCUGGACUCCAGGCUCCAUGGGAACACAGUGUCUCUGUUCACCACAGUGUCAGAAUCAAAUAAAUGAAAGCAAGAUGAUGAUGGCCCCUCCCAUUGAACACCAGAGUCAGAAAGAAUGUUCUGGCAAGGAGGUGACUUCCCAUCAUACCCUCUCACUGGAAAUCCUCCCCUCCCCCCAGUUUCUUGAAGUCCUUCUCCAGCUACCACUGUGAGCCUCCUUUUCCCCAGCCUCAAGGCAUCACAAUGGCCAAGGCUGCCCUGGCUCAGGCCCUCUGUGACAUCACCAGCGGCCAGCACUAGGUCCCCAGUCUCCCAGUUGCCAGGGCAGGCAGACCCACCAUGAGCAGCUUUUUCCAUCACCUCUGCUCACCAUGCGGACGCUGAAAUGGUUCCUGUUCUUGCCUCUGUGCCUCUCCUGCGGCUACGCCUUUAUGUUCUCUUCUCUGAGAGACAAAGCCAAAGAACCCCAGGGGAAGGUGCCUUGCGGAGGGCACUUCCGAAUUAGACAGAAUCUACCAGAGCACACCCAAGGCUGGCUUGGGAGCAAAUGGCUCUGGCUUAUUUUUGUUGUUUUGCUGUAUGUAAUACUGAAGUUUCGAGGAGAUAGUGAGAAGGAUAAGAAGCAGACUUCUACUGGCCUCCGAGGCCGCCAGUUUCGCUCUCCACUAAAGAAACAUCAAAAUACUUCCCCCAGCAAAGACUAUGCAUUCCAUACCUUAACCCAACUUGAGAUGGACCUUGUGAAGUUUGUGUCCAAGGUGCGGAAUCUCAAAGUCACCAUGGCAACUGGUGGUAACAUCAAGCUGCAAAACUCAGAGAUGCCUGCAGAUCCACACAAUAAUAUCACAAUAUAUGAGAUAUGGGGAGAAGAAGAGUCUGAAUGAAUGGAUUUGUGUGUCCAAAAUAGAGGGAAAAUAAUCAAGUGUUGACAGUAUCCAAACCGAUUAAACUAUUCUGGAGAAAGAA